AUGUUUGCUUAAAAAAUACUAAUUUUCUUCUUUUUCUCACAAAUAAUCUGUUUUUCUAAAUAAGAAUAGAGCCAAAAGGGCUUUUCUUAUUUAAGAUAAACUUAAUCUUUGAAAACUUAUUCACCUUGCGCUGGUAUCUAAAAUUGUGAAAUAUGCGAGUUUUCGGUCUGCUUGAAAUGUGCUGAUGGAAGGGUUCUCCCUAAUUGUAAUUGCUCUUAAGGAUUUAUAGAAGUCAAUGGAGUUUGCACUAAAUGCCCUGAUAAUUGUUAAACUUGUUCAAGCAGCUCUACAUGUACAACUUGUAACUAAUAAUAUACAUUAAAUAAUGGGUAAUGCACUUGCAACGAUGCCUUAAGUGGAACUAUAUGCAGUGAUCCAUUAAAUCUUACUUUUAAUACAUUUAUAGGAAGAGAUUUAAUAUCAGUACAAAUCAAUUUUAGUGAUAAUAUUAGAAUAUCUGGAAUUGAUGAAUCUAAGCAAUUUUAAAUGCUCUAAAGUAAUUGCAUUAUUUUACAUUAAACAACUCUUGCUAAUUAUGGAUUAGCAUUUAAUUAAUAAAACGCUGGUUGCUAUAUAAAUUAAAACCAUUAAAAUUAGUUUAUAAUUGUAGUAGGUUAACAAUAUGAUAAAGUUGGUAUCUUACAAACUCCUAAGUUAGUUACAAAUUAAAUACUAAAUUACAGAAAUGGAUAAGUCAAACAAAUAUAUUCUGCAUUAACAAAUUAAGUAGGGAUUCUAAACUAAUUAAAUUAAAUAAGUAAAUCUUGCUAUUUUCAAAAUAAUUAAAUUGAAAUAGGCGUACCAUUUACUCCAUCAAGCAGUAAAACUGCUACCAUAGUUAACUAAAGUAAUUUAAAUGUUUAAUGUAGUUUGAUUUCUAACACGCAAGCAAACCCAACAUUACCUUUUUCCUGUACUUAAACUUAGUUAAAAUUUGACUUGAAAAAUUUCUUUAAAGGGACAGUAAUAACAAUCUAAGCAGUUUGUACAAAUAUUUUUUAAAUAGUAACAAACGACCAAAUUUAAAUAUCUCUUACUGAUAAAGAUAAUCAAAUAAAUAUUCUUAAUAUUAGUAAAUUACUUUCAAAUUAUAAUUUUAAUUCUAAAAUUCCUUUCGAACUUUCAUUAACUCACACACCAUCUUCUUCAAUGUUAGAUUUUGCUGUUAAUAUAAAUUCUUAUCCUUAAAUAUUUACUCCUAUUUCUGUUAAACCUGAAAUCAUUCUAUAUGAAUUUGAUAUUCCUCCAAAUUCAGUUACAUAAGACACUUAUGUUGAAUUAAAGGUUUCUGUAAGCAACACUCAAUAAACAGUAUAAACUGUUUAAUACUUUUGGUUUAACUAUCAAAGUUAUUUUCAAUUAUCUCUCCUUUAAAAAACUCCAAUCAUAAAUUUUGAUCCAUCUUAAAGUUUAACUUUAAAUGCUUAAGUUAUUGAUUCAAAUUAUGCGACAACAGACACAAAUUUGUUUUCAAUUUAGUGGGUCUGCUUCGAUACAAAUAAUCUACCAUGCCAGUCAAGUAAUGGAGCUCUUAUUGAUUUAAAUUCUGGUUAUGAAUUGGAUAUGCCAAAAAAUAUAUUAAGUUUGAAUAGUAAUUACAAUAUUUAUGCUAUCGCUUCAAGAAAUUCUGAUUUUACAAAUACUUAAAAGGCUAUCAUAAGCAUAUAUACUAUACCUGCUCAGUUAUCUUAUACUAUUUAAAAUCAGUUAUCUCCCAGCUCAAUAACUGUUUCUUAUCAAGAUAUAAUUUCAGUGUAUCUAGAUUAUACUUUGAAUAAUACACUUAUUAACUAUACAGUCAGAAUAUUUAAAGAUAAAUACACAAUGAAGAGUAUGUAUUCCAACUCAAGUGCUAUUUCAUUUAGUAUCUAAGAUUACUUUCCCAAUCUAAGCUUUUCAAUUAAUUCACUAACUGAAUUAACUUUGCAAUUCUAAGCUAUGGAUACAUACUAUUAGUCUACAGUUGCUUCUCCUACUCAACUAGAUGUUAAAAUACGUAAUCCACCCUAACAAUGUGGCUUCGGAUUCAGUGGUUCAAAUAAUUAUAAGGGAUUCAAAGAUUAAAUUACAGUUUUUGUUAAUAGCUGCUAAUUUGAUUCUUAAUAUUAACCAUACACAUACCAAUACUUCUAUUACUAAAAUAAGACUCAACUAUAAUAAGAAAUUGAAAAUCCUUAAAUAAUAAAUAGACAAGAAUUAAGCUUAGUUUAAAGUAGCUCUCAGAUCAUCACAUAUUUCCCUCCAGGUAAUUUAACAUUAAUGGUGGUUGUACAAGGCUAAUACUCAGUUCAAGCAAAUUUUACCUCAAUUUUAGAAGUUAAAGAUAUUAACUUUGAUCAAUCUGAAUAUGAAAAUUUUAUAUAAGACCAAUAUUCUAAGGCUCAGUAAUAGCAAGAUUAAAAUUAAGAACUAAUAAAUUAUCGAAUGAUUUCAAUUGCUAUUCAGUAUUAUGAAAAUAAAUAACCAUAGUAUUAAUAGCCAGAGAAUAUUAAUACAUUAAAAAAUAACAUUAUAUAAAGAUUAUAAGAUGCCUCUUGGUCUAAACUAAGUUAAGACGUAUUAUUGCUUUCCUAAAAAAUUACUUCACAAAUUUCUCAAUCUAAAAUUCAAAUGAGUCCUGCUUUAGCUUAAAUUAUAAAGGCUUAAAAUGAAAAAACUAUUAAUGAUGUAUCAUAAGAAAUAUCAAAUGCAGAUUAAUCUACUUUAACUAGCUCUCAAAAAAAUAAUUAUUAAUAAAUUUUAAGCAAUACAUUAUAGAGUUUCGUGAAAAGUGUUAAUUCUAUAAACAGUUGGACAGCUUAAGAUUGCUAAAAUAUGAUUGAUCAAACAUCUAAAUCUUUAGAUGGGAUUUCUCAAACUAUGGCAGUCAAUUAAGCUCCUAUCAUCAUAUAAACUAUAGAAUCUGUGUUAACAGUUGAAAAGUUAAAUUACUAGAAUUUACUCAAUAAAUAUUAUAAAGGUAGCAGUAUUUCAGGUCAAACAUCUGGUAAUAAAGUAACAGCCAAUUAUCAUGUUUAAAUGCAAACAUACCCUACUUCUAGUCAUGUCUAUAGAAAUGAACUUUCAUAAAUUAAUGAAUAAUAUUAAAAUAAGACCUCCUCUUAAUAAAUAUUAAAUUUGCUUAAUAAAACAUAUCCUGUAAUAAUUCCAUCCAUAAAAACCGAUGUAAAACCUUCAAGAAGAAGAAGAUUCUUAACUUUAUACCCAGCUUAAUUAGAUGUUCCUAUGGAGAUCUAAUUUGGGUAAAUUACUGCUGAAGAAAAGUUAACAUGUAUUUAACGUUCAACAAGUGGAAAAUGGGUAGCAAACAGUUGUAAAGCUUCAGUUUAAGUCAUAGAUAAUCAAAGAUAAAUAAGUUGCUCAUGCAAAAAACCUGACGUAACUUCAUUGAUAGCAGAUGUUGAAUAGCUUUUUGAUAAUGAAAAUCUUAAAGAUAUUUUCGAUGGGGAUGGAAUAGAAAGACUUAUACACUUAACUGAUUGGUACAAGUAUGCACCAAUUUGGACUAUUAUAGGUUUAAAUAUAUUUUUGAUUGUUUUAGUAAUUGUUGGAUGUAAACUUGACAAAAGAGAUAAAUUAAAUAUUGCAAAUAAAAAAUACCAAUUAACAAAGCUUGAAGAAAUUUAAUAAAUAAAAAAAUCAAAAAGUUACCUUAAGGACGAUAUCAAAAAAAGCUAAAAUCUUUUUAUUAUAGUAAAGAAUAAUGAAAAAAUAGUAGAAAAAUUAUCUUAAUUAGAAACGAUAAAGCAAAGUGUUUACUAAGAGACUAAGGAAAAUGAAAAAUAAGAAAAUUAGUUGGUUAAAGAAAAUGGCAAUUAAAUGAUUCAAACUUAAUAACAAUUUUCAAAUUUUCAACUUGAUAACGAAUAAAUCAUACAUGCAGCAAGUUUAGAAAAUCAAGAUUGUGAGAUUUAGAAUUUAAAUGAAUUAGAAAAAAUUAACAAUUUCGAUAGUAAAUAGUAAGAUAGAAACACUAAAUCAUAGAACUCUAAAACCAGCUAAGCUAAUAUAGAAACGUAGCAGCAGUGUGAAACAAAUCAAAUAACUCCAACUAGUUAACAAUAUAUUUAAAACCCCUAACCAGCAGAUGACAAAUAACCACACUAGCACUUGGAUAUUGAUUCAAUUAAAUUUGAUUGUUAGUAAGAAAAUAGCGGUGAAGGUGAAGUACGUUCAAAGUAAGUGAGCUUAAAAAAUUUAGUUAGUAACGAAACUCCUUAAAAUAAUCAAAUACUUAUUGAAAGUUAAAAAGAAUUAAAAAUAGGUUCAAAAUCAGAUUAAAAUUUGAAUUCAAAAUAAGCAUUUUCAAUAUAAGAAUAGCUUGAUAAUGAUCAAAAUUAGUAAUAAUCAAAUAAUUGUUGUAAAUCAGAAUAACACCAAUUAUAAAGUACCAUUUAAAAUCAAUUAGAUGGCUAAACUCAAUAAAAUAUCUCACUAAAGGAUGACAACAUGCAAUAAAAAAAUAUGAGCAAAAAGGAUUUAAAAAAAUAAUAAAAAGAAGAAGAAGAAAAGCUCAAAUUAUAAAAAGCAAAAGAAAAGCUAGAUGACUACUUAAAAUUAGAAAGCUUGGUGAAAGGAAUCUUUGCUUUUCACAUAUUUCUCUCAACUUUCAUAAUUUACGACUAAAAAUUCUCUCGUGCGAUAAGAUUUAUAAUUUACUAUAAUAAAAUGAUAUGGCUUUUGGCGUUAAAUUCAGUCUUUGGAGUAAAUAUUAGUGUAGUUUAGAUAAUUAUUCUGAGUAUUACAUCAACUAUAGUCCUGCUUAUCGUAACUACAAUACUUACAGCUUUGCUUUCAAAAAAAAAGUUAAAAAUCAUCGGCUUAAUAAUUACUUUUCUAUUCUUACUAUUUUGCUAUUAUAGCAUAUUAGUAGUUAUUUCAGGAUAGAAUCCUUAGUAAGCUAAUAUUUGGAUAGGCUCUUAUUUUUUAACUCUAUUUAUUAACGAGUAUCUCAUAGGGAUACCUAUUUGCUGCUUAAUGUAUUACACAGCUAAAAAACUAGUUAGCAAAGUUGAGAAUCCAAUUAUUUUAUAAAUUAUCGGAACAGGGCUACUUAUAGAAGCAUUUAAAAAUUGA